AUGCCUCACGAUACGGCAGUGCCAUCCGAAGCAUCGCCCGUAAAGGUUACAACAGUGCCAUCUGAAGUAUCGAAAAAAGCUGUGAAAAAGGGAGGCUCUACUUCAGCUAUUCAUAUAGCCGUUCUUGUCACAGUUGCGGUCGCAUGUGCAGUAGAGUUGCUACAGUACGGAAUGUCCAUUGACGAACAAGAAAAGGUGCAAAAAUUAGAAGUCAAGGUGUGUCGAACCUACCGUUUCAAAAGUUUUUGCAGUGAAAUGUUCGAUGCUUGUUGGAACGUCUAUCUCAAGCCAAUGUACCGCACGAUUGGCACAAAAAUCUGCGAAGCGGACUCAACUUCUCUGGUUUAUCCGGUGAACGCGCGCUCCCGGCUAGGGUAGAG